UUUUUUGUAUGUCUGAAAACGUUUGUAACAAGUCAUUUCUGGGUGUCUACUUUUUAAAGCGGAUGCACAUAGUCUUCGUCUGUCAGGCAGCCAGCUCACGUCCAACUAGAUAAUUCGUCUGUGAGUUGAAUGAGUGGAGAAUGGGUACGGACUGAAAAUUUGGAUUACAAAGCGAACAAACUGAGUGUAGGCGACCAUUGGGCAUCAUUCAACGGGCAUCGCCACAAAGAUGCAAGAAUGACUCAACCUCAUCUGAAUGAGUUCAUUCCUCCCCCGGAGUGUCCUGUUUUUGAGCCCAGCUGGGAGGAAUUUGCGGACCCUUUUGCGUACAUCAACAAAAUACGACCCAUUGCGGAGAAAACUGGCAUCUGUAAAGUCCGACCACCACCGGAAUGGCAGCCACCAUUUGCCUGUGAUGUUGAAAGAUUGAAAUUCACACCAAGAAUUCAAAGGCUCAACGAGUUGGAGGCACAGACGAGAGUGAAGCUCAACUUUCUGGAUCAAAUAGCAAAAUUUUGGGAGCUUCAAGGAUGUACUCUAAAAAUCCCUCAUUUGGAAAGAAAGAGUUUGGAUCUCUACCAACUCAACAAGCUGGUUAAUGAGGAGGGAGGCUUUGAUGCCGUCUGCAGAGAGCGGCGCUGGACUAAAAUCUCUGUCAAGAUGGGCUUUGCUCCAGGCAAGGCAGUCGGCUCCCAUCUGCGGGCGCACUAUGAGCGGAUCCUCUACCCAUACAAUCUAUUCCAGACUGGAGACAAUCAGCCUAGAGCCACCUUGACUAAUGACACUAAGGAUAAGGUGUACACCCCUCAUGACCUGCCGCAGCGCCAGUCUGUACAGCCCCUUGAGAGCUGUAGCAUAGCUCGACGUGCAAAACGGAUGAGGGCUGAAAGAAGCUGCGUUAAAAGCGAAGCUGGGCAAGUUCGCAUGAAUCGUCCCAAUCUCAGGAGGAGAAUGGGAACAUAUGCUGCCAAGCAAGAGCCUGUGAGCAUGUUGAUGAAAGAAGAGCCUAUUGAAUAUGAAGUUACUGAAGGUUGUGAAGAAAUUAUGUUAAAUAACAUUAAAAAUGGUACUACGGCUAAAGUGGAGCAAUACAUGUGCCUGGUGUGUCACACUGGAAAUGACGAGGAUCGUCUGUUGUUGUGUGAUGGCUGUGAUGACAGUUAUCAUAUCUUCUGUCUCAUCCCCCCGCUACACGAGGUUCCCAAAGGAGACUGGAGAUGCCCCAAGUGCCUCGCGCAGGAAUGCGGCAAACCUCAGGUGGCUUUUGGCUUUGAGCAGGCUAGCAGGAGCUACACCCUGCAAACCUUUGGAGAUAUGGCCGAUUCCUUUAAAUCAGAUUAUUUUAACAUGCCAGUUCAUAUGGUUCCAACUGAGCUGGUAGAGAAGGAGUUUUGGCGCCUAGUCAGCACCAUCGAGGAGGAUGUGACUGUAGAAUAUGGGGCAGACAUUGCCUCCAAGGAGUUUGGGAGUGGUUUCCCUGUGAAGAACAGCCAUUUUGAAGUGUCUCCUGAGAAUGAGCAUUACCUAACAAGUGGCUGGAAUCUUAACAACAUGCCUGUGCUGGAUGCCUCGGUGCUGACUCACAUUACAGCUGACAUCUGUGGGAUGAAGUUACCCUGGCUCUAUGUGGGCAUGUGUUUCUCCUCCUUCUGCUGGCAUAUUGAGGACCAUUGGAGCUACUCUAUCAACUACCUUCACUGGGGUGAGCCAAAGACCUGGUAUGGAGCGCCAGGUUACGCUGCAGAGCACUUAGAAGGGGUGAUGAAGAAACUAGCUCCUGAACUCUUUGAGUCACAGCCAGAUCUCCUUCAUCAGCUCGUCACCAUCAUGAAUCCUAACACGCUGAUGAACAACGGCGUUCCGAUCUAUCGCACAAACCAAUGCGCAGGAGAAUUUGUCAUCACCUUUCCCAGAGCAUACCACAGUGGAUUCAACCAAGGUUUCAACUUUGCUGAAGCAGUCAACUUUUGCACCAUGGACUGGAUGCCUGUCGGCAGAGGCUGUGUGACACACUAUCGCCAAUUGAAUCGGUAUUGCGUCUUCUCACACGACGAGAUGGUCUGCAACAUGGCCUUCAAAGCGAAAACGCUGGAUGUGGAACUGGCCUCUGCUGUGCACAAAGAAAUGGCUGCCAUGGUCCAAGAAGAAGAGGAACUUCGAGAGAAGAUCAACAAGAUGGGUGUGGUGCGUACACGGCAAGUAGAUUAUGAGCUACUCCCCGAUGAGGAGCGCCAGUGCUGCAAAUGCUGGACCACCUGCUACCUCUCAGGCAUCACUUGUGCCUGCAGUCCUGGCAAGGUGGUCUGCUUGUACCACGCCCAGAAUCUGUGUUCCUGUCCACUUAGCAACCUAGUUGUCCAUUACAAAUUUACACUGGAUGAGUUAUACCCCAUGAUGGAAGCGGUGAAGCAGCGUGCAGAGUCCUAUAAGGAGUGGCUUUGUGCUGUCCAGGGCAUUCUUGAGAAGAAGGAAAACAAAAAAAGAGGUCUGGAAGAACUUCACAGUCUAGUGGAGCAGGCAGAGACAAAAGGAUUCCCACAAACCACCCUCUUGGACCAACUGCGAGUUGUUGCUGCAGAAGCUGACAAAGUAGCUGUUGUGGCUCAACAACUUCUCAAUGGGAAGAGGCAGACGAGGUAUCGCUCUUGUGGGGGCAAGUCUCAAAGCCAGAACGAGUUGACUGUGGAAGAGCUGCGGUCUUUUGUUCAACAGUUGGACAACCUGCCAUGCAACAUUAGACAGGCACCUUUACUGAAGGACUUAUUGACUCGGGUUGAUGACUUCCAGCAACGCAGCGAAAGGCUCCUCUCCGAUGAGUCGCCUAACUCGGUCGAGCUUCAAGAACUGCUGGAUCUGAGCUUGGGGCUGGACGUGGAGUUGCCCCAGUUGCCUCGACUCCGGGAACGGUUGGAACAGGCCCGCUGGCUGGAGACCGUGAAGCAAGCCAACAGCAGGCCGGAUGACCUUUGCCUGGACACCAUGAGGAGGCUGAUCGAUCAGGGGGUGGGUUUAGCCCCUCACAGCUCGGUGGAAAGAGCCAUGGCUCGUCUGCAGGAACUCCUAACUGUAUCGGAGCAGUUGGAAGAGCGAAUGCUCAGCCUAAUGAAUGCCAGGCCGUAUCACAGUGUCGAAACACUAGACGCUGCCUUACAAGAAAUGGAAAACAUCCCCGCUUAUCUGCCGAACUGCCUGCAGGUGAAGGACACUGUGGUCAGGGCCAAAAAUUGGCUGCAUGAAGCUGAAACCCUCCAGCUUGGGGGGCGUAUACCUGUGUUGGAAAGCCUCUCUGAGCUGGUCCUCAGAGCAGAAGGCAUCCCAGUGAGGCUCGAUCCUCUCAGCAGACUGGAGGCUCUUAUCAGUGACGUGCAGACCUGGAAGGAAAGUGCUGCCAAAACAUUCCUACUGAAAAACUCUCCUUUUUCUCUGUUGGAGGUACUGUGUCCGAGAUGUGAUGUAGGAGCUGGGCUUCCCAGGUCAAGAUAUAAAAAACCUAAAGAGGGAACACAGAUCAAUAAGAGAUCAUCUGUAAAGUUGGACUCUGUGUACGACGUGGAAAAAGCUCUUUCUGAAAGCAAAAACUCUGCCUCUGCUAUGGCCACUCUUGAUGACGUCCGCGACAAGGAGAUGGAUACCUUGUUGGCUCUGAGGGUUUCAAACGAGUCCAAGAUUCUUCCUACUGAGAACUAUUGUGCACUUAGUGUUUGUGUUUGCCUAAAGGCGCCUUCGGGGGCCAUGGUGCAGUGCGAGCUCUGUCGCGAGCUUUUUCACAGCGGGUGCGUCUUAGCAACCGCAGACCUCAAAUAUGGGCAAGUCUGGCUUUGCCCUUUUUGCCAGCGUUCAAGAAAGCCACCACUGGACAAGGUCUUACCCCUACUGGCGUCACUGCAAAGGAUUCGGGUCCGAUUGCCCGAGGGAGACGCACUACGCUUCCUCAUCGAGCGGACGGUCCAGUGGCAGCACAGAGUUCAGCAGGCCUGUACAGAUGGACUGCUAGAGGAAGUGUCAAGGAUGGUGAGUGGACAGAGGGGCGUUUGGUGCAGGUGGUGUUAUUGUUUGUUAUAUUUUAUGUGUUUAUUUCAGGGGAAAAGCAGAUCCAAAAUAUCACAUAAAUGUGGCUGGUCUUUUCAUACGGAACACCAGUGUGUGCCAUUCCAGGGACUUAGCCCUGAGAUAGAAGAGCUUAUGGUGGAAGGGUUCCUACUGCAAGUCACACUUCCAGAGACCGAGCAGCUCUACACUUACCUGCUAUACAAAUUGGCUCCCCUGCCCGCUCAGAAAUCCCCAUGUAGAAAAAGCACAGAUGACGACGAGCUUCAGACAGACAGCACAAGACACCGCAAAAAGAGCGGAAGCUCGAGCCACAAAGAAGCGCAGAGCAUUCAUAGCAAAAGGACCAAACGACGCAAGGAAAGCUGUGAUUCUCAGCAUUCCGGGAAGGCCAAGAAAUGCUGCAAGAAGAAGUCAAAGAGGAGACGGAGUGAAGAAAGUAGAAGGAGUUGCUCCCCGCCACACGCCGUGUCAGAACCUGCUGCAUCUGAUUCGGAUGAGGACUACUCACUGUGCGCUGCGCCUUGGUGCAGAGAGCCAGAAGGAGACGAGUUAAACUGGGUCCAGUGUGAUGGCAGCUGCAAUCAGUGGUUCCACCAGGUCUGCGUGGGUCUGUCUGCUGAGCGUGCGGAGAUGGAGGACUAUAUUUGCAUAAGCUGCACACAGCCAGACUUUGACAGAGGGGACUGAAGACCAAAAAAAAGGGACUUUUUGCAGCACGCAGCACUUGGAAGUGCACUCCUGAACUCCUACCCCUUUACCUUGUGGCUUACCCUUAGUGAACGCGGUGCUAAUCGCUCGUCUCCUACGUUACAGCAGGCUCGCUUCAACUUUUUUGUCAUGUGGCUACUUCUACAGCCAAUAAGCUAAUCCCUUCCAAAACUUUCCAGUAUGAACAGUGCAGGGACUUUUCAACCAAAAGUUGAAGUUGAAAUCACAUCCAGCCCAAUUUUCCAGCUGGUGUCGGAACAAUGUGAAAGUUCAGAGUAAAUAUUCAUCCAAGCAAUAACUGAACUCAUUAGUUCCAGUUAAGUUUCAACUGAGCUGAGACAGUCGAAUGCCUUUUUGAAGUGAGACCCUUAUAAGAAUUCAAGUUCUUGAAUCUUGUUACAAAACAGUUCAGGUAAAACGUCAACACAAAUAAGUAGAAUUGGACUGUGCAGAGAUAGGAUUGGCUAUUUUAAUUCUAAGUUUGUGUUUGGGUGAGCAGGGGUUUGGGGUGGAAUAUUCACCGUCGUCCCUUUACAGUUCUCUGACUUGAUUUCCGGUCCGUUUCCCUUUUUUUGGUGACCGGGGAGAAUUUUUGUCAAAGUUCCGUGAGACUAGAAGGAUGUGCACGGAGAGAGGAUGAACGGUCCGACAUCCAAGGAAUGUACAUUUUCUUUUGGGGUGCAGUUUUCCUAAAGGUUUAGGUUGAACAUAUUGUGUUGGACUUAGAUUUAACACAGAUUGUCUGAUUUAUUCGCCACUGGUGUGAUAUUUUUCUGCUCCUUUGGCUAGAUAAUAUAAUUCAUAUGUUGCAGUUUGCAAUUUAAAAUAAAAAAUGUUUGUUCCCAAAAGUCUGGAC